CAAAAUAAACAGAGAACCGGAAAAUCGUUUUCACUCUAACUUUUGUGCUUAGAGAAAGGCCGGAACAAUACAGUACAGUUGUAACCCAGCGUCAACAAUAGAGACCGUGGUGUACUGUAUAUUGGAGAUUACAUACAACCGUGUCCGCUCGUAAAGGACUUAUAAACAGGCGCUGCGAUUUUAUGUUGACGGACUUCUCAGUGAAAUGUGACGACUUGUACUGAGAAUAUCAAGGCAGAGUAGAAGUCAUCGGUAUGAUCCAAGACUUACAACAUUUUUUCGCUAAUAACCGACUUAAUCAACGUGUAAAAAUGGAUAAUAGUUGACGUGAAUUUUACUCAACAACAUGCGUUCCUUGGCCCUAUCAUAGGGACUGAGACAGCGAUUUCACCGGCUGCUUUAAGGUAUAUAAAUAAUAGAUACAACUUCAGCAACGUGGCUACCACAAUUUAAGAUGAACGUCAGUGCAUUUAUCAAAACUGGUGGUACUGAUGGUGACGGAGAGGAGGAGGAGGACCCUGGAUUACAGAAACCAAAAAUCCCGUCCUCCAACGUCCAGAGAAGAUGGACAAAGCUAAAGGGGUUCGCUCACGUCCAGUCUAUGGCCAAUCAGACCUUCUCCAAGCUGCGAGCGGAGGGCGGAGUCCGGGGGAAGGUGUCAGGGAAAAAAGUGAUUCGGAAAAAGAAGCUCCUGGAGCAGGCGCAGAAUGACAAGGACGAUCAGCCCCACAAUGCACUGCAACAUGACGACGCACGAGACGACGAGGAGGAGAGCGGAGAGUUCGACUUCGAUAAAGACGACCAGGACAACGAAGACUCUGACGACGAAAUGAACCACCCCGACGUGAAGGCGUACGUGGCGGCCUGUAGACAGACAGGUGUGAACCCAGCCAGGUCCGUGGUGAAAAGCGUCAUCCACGACCAAGUGAAGAUAGCGCGGAGACCCAUGGGACCUUCCGAGACAAAAGCCUGUGUACUGGGACUUGUGCGUAAUUGUAACGUGAAGGUGUUGGAUCUUACCGGGAACAAAAUGGGUGACGAGGGCGCUGUUUACGUGUCAGACUUACUGAGGGAGAACUACUACGUUACCAGUCUGACACUCGCUGAAAACAACAUCACCCGCAUUGGGUUAAAGGUAUUGGCCGAAGAGGUUAUCAAUAGUCGCUAUCUGAAGACGUUGGAUCUCUCAGGCAACGGUUUCGGUGAAAAUGAUGCUCAUCAUAUCGCAGAAAUAUUAGAAAAUAACCAGAUCCUUAGGGAGCUGUAUUUGUCACACAAUGAAUUCAGAGAACUUGGAGGGGAAAUACUCUCCCCGGCUAUAGCUAAUAAUGUGACACUAGAACUUCUGGAUCUCAGCUGGAAUCAUCUACGACGAAAAGGUGCUGCGGCCAUUGCUCAGGGAAUAAAGGAAAACAUGGGUCUUAAAACUGUGAAUUUAGCGUGGAACGGGUUCCAUCUUAUGGGGUGUAAGGCCUUGGCUGAGGCCCUAGAGGUGAAUAAAUCCUUAAAAACCCUGGACUUGACGUCUAACCGGAUCGACCUAGACAGCUUAAAGGCACUGCUGAAAGGCUUAAAGCUCAACGAGGGACUGGAGACGUUGAUUAUGCCUAAGAAUACCAUCGGGACUGAAGGAACUCUGGUUCUAGUGAAGGCUAUAGAGGAAUCCGACGUGACGACCAUAAAACUAAUAGACAUACACACCCAGCUUGUUACCCCAGAAUUUCUUGCCGAGUAUCGGGAAUUAAAAAAUAAGAGACAAAAUUUUAAAUUUCUUCACGGUCGCAUAUAUGAUCCAAGCAACCAAUUGAAGCGACCAAAAACCUCGUUCUUCUUUGCCAUAGAGAGUUGUUCAAAAGCCUUUGAAAAAACAUAUCAUGUAAAUCUUUUUCAGACACAGUGCGUUACACACUCAUUUAUCGACAUGCUUGUCGAGGCGCAGGACAAAAGAGAAUUUCAAAUCAAAUAUGGACAACUGCUCAAUCAAAAAGGUGAGGAAAUAUCAGAGGACGAUCUGAUGAACGAAGACCCCAUGAUGGUACUCAACGAGUUCAGCCGGCAAAAGAAACUGCGCCUGGUCGACCUCUUUAAGCAGUUGGACAAAGAUGGGAGCAAUUCGCUAACUUUCCAAGAAUUCGGCGAGGGAUUGCUAGCAGAGGGGAUACCUUUGAGCAAGAAAGGGCUGGACAAACUGCUAAGAAAGCUAGACAAAGAUGGCGACGGAGAGGUGGAUUUUGGGGAGCUAAUGCAAGGACAAAAGGAGUUCACUAGAAAGCUAUUAAUGUUAAAACAAGCCAAGGACGAAAAAUCAAAAGAAGAAAUUGAAAGAUUCCAGGAGCUCCAAAGGAAAGUUACGACUCUUUUACAAAAGCAAAAAACGCCAAGAGAAGAGAAAAAGUCAAAAGCGCCAGCCCCUGUGAAACAGAUAACUGCAGUUGUGACCGAUAUAGAGAACGCCUCCCAAGAGGAAAAGAAGGUCGCUGCCACAGCCCUGAAGAAUAUGUUCCGUAAGAAAAAGACUGUUGAAAAUGCUCUUCCAACCAUAGCAGACGACAAUACCAAAAACAACGGCGCGGAAGUGACAGAAACUGCAGAUGCCAGCACGCAAAAUUGAGUAUUAUCAACUGUUGUCAA